AUGGCAGACGCUAAGUGUCCACCCUGUCCCGAGGGCACAUACAGCGCUACAUCGAUCAUUGGCGUGUCAGGCUGCACGUUGCUAUGCAAGAGCAACGCCAUUCUCUAUCAUGGACUGUUCAUUGCGAUCAUGGGGUUCGUUCAGUUGGUCAUGGUCGUUGCGGCUGGAGUCGUCACUGGACUUCGGGGGGCAGCAGAAGCGAAGGCCGACGGCGGAGUCGCCGAGCAUCAACUGAAGACGGAGGUCGCAGCUCUUGCUAAACAGAGAGACUUGCUGAACAGCAAGGUCGACUCCGAGCACCACGAGAUCGAGACAUCACCACAUGACGGCUCAGCGUCGGAGCAGGACGGCAUCCCUCGCGAGACCUGA